AUGAAGGCUCUCAUUCUUGUCGGAGGGUUCGGUACCCGUCUGCGCCCUUUGACUCUGACCCUUCCCAAACCCCUGGUGGAAUUUGGAAACCGCCCGAUGAUUCUUCACCAGGUCGAGAGCUUGGCUGCUGCUGGUGUCACAGAUAUUGUUCUGGCCGUCAACUACCGCCCGGAUGUCAUGGUCGCGGCCCUCAAGAAGGUACACCGAUCUCUUUUCUUCCCCCCCAGCUUGACACACGUUCCUGCGGCUAAUUGUGGUAUUCGUCUACAGUAUGAGGAACAGUACAACGUCAGAAUCGAGUUCUCCGUCGAGUCCGAACCCCUCGGUACCGCCGGUCCCCUGAAGUUGGCAGAGAAGAUUUUGGGCAAGGACGACUCUCCCUUCUUCGUCCUCAACUCCGAUAUCAUCUGUGAUUACCCCUUCAAGCAGCUCGCAGAGUUCCACAAGAAACAUGGCGACGAGGGCACCAUUGUUGUUACCAAGGUCGACGAGCCCUCGAAGUACGGUGUCGUGGUUCACAAGCCCAACCACCCCUCUCGCAUUGAUCGUUUCGUCGAAAAGCCAGUCGAGUUCGUGGGUAACCGCAUUAACGCCGGUAUCUACAUCCUCAACCCCAGUGUACUCAAGCGCAUUGAACUUCGUCCCACCUCCAUCGAGCAGGAGACAUUCCCCGCCAUCUGCAGUGACGGCCAGCUCCACUCCUUUGACCUCGAGGGUUUCUGGAUGGAUGUCGGUCAGCCCAAAGAUUUCCUGACUGGCACCUGCCUCUACCUCACCUCGCUCGCGAAGCGUAACUCCAAGCUGCUGGCUCCCAACAGCGAGCCCUUCGUCUAUGGCGGCAACGUCAUGGUUGACCCCUCGGCCAAGAUCGGCAAGAACUGUCGCAUUGGCCCCAAUGUAGUCAUUGGUCCCAACGUUGUGGUCGGUGAUGGUGUGCGUCUGCAACGCUGUGUGCUCCUGGAGAACAGCAAGGUCAAGGACCACGCCUGGAUCAAGUCGACCAUUGUCGGCUGGAACAGCUCUGUUGGCAAGUGGGCUCGCUUGGAGAAUGUCACGGUCUUGGGUGACGAUGUCACCAUUGCAGACGAGGUGUAUGUCAAUGGCGGCUCUAUUCUGCCUCACAAGAGCAUCAAGCAGAACAUCGAUGGUAUGUUUCCUCUCUCGCCUUGUACGGACGUUACGAAUCGCAAAAACUAA